AUGAUAAAAAUCACACCUUCAAACACAAUGACACCGAAGCAACCUACCCGUUGUUCAAAUGAAGCUAAACUAAAAGAAAAAAUUAUAAAAUACUUAUCUUAUUGCAAAAUUCCAACUCAAGCUCCAUAUUCCAGCAUCUCAGCAAAGCUAGCCCAUUCUGCAAGAUUCCAGUUUCAAAAGCAUCUAAAAACAACAACACCAAAGCAACCACGAAAGCUUCAAAAUGAUGAUGCUGAAACGACAAAAUAA